GCCAGAGCAUGAACACAUGGGCCAUGGUGCUGCUGACAGAGAGGCAGCAGUGAUGGUGAUUCCUCAGUGACAGUUAUUAAUCAUCACAACAUGGAGACAGCAGCUCUGGUAGCUCCAGUCACAGCUCUGGAGUUCCUUCAGGAUGCUUUCCUACUGACAGGUGAGGGUCCAGUCUUGACGGUGUUCAACCUGCAACCUCGCCCUAAAGCCUGUGCCUCGCUGAGUGUGCUCCAACACUACAGGAUCCACGGGAUAAGGCCUAGAAACCUGAAGACCGUCCCAGAACGGAGAUCUGCUACAGGAACGUAUGGGAAGAAGAGAGAUGAACCAAGCUCCACGUCGGCGCCCAAGUUCUAUGACCUAGCGGUGUUUGGAGGCAAGGCUGUGAGGCUGGUGAGGCUCCAUGUGGAUCUCCGGGAUGGGCAGCAUCCGCGCUUGGAGUUUCUGGGCCCCCUCAUGGAGCUACAGGACUGGGCCCUGGAUGUCCGUUGGCUCUCUGGGGACAAAAGCUCACUGCUCUGUGUGGCUGUAGCUCACAAUAGUGCUCUUCUUCUGGACAUCAUUACAGGAAAUGUCCUGUUUCAGCGCUCCUGUCUGGAGGGAUGUCUGCUGUACUCUGCCCUCCUUCUGGUACAUGAAUCCUGGGCCGAUACCAUCUUAGUAGGAGGGACUGUUUUCAACCAGUUGGUUCUCUGGAAGCCUGGGGGAGGUGGAGACAAAAGUGUUGAUUCUGAGCACAAAGCUCCGGUUGAGAGACGUCUGCUGGGCCACAGUGGGGUCAUCUUCAGCAUCUCCUACCUCCAGGAGAGAGGAUGGCUGGCUUCAGCCUCCGAUGACCGCAGUGUGAGGGUUUGGGGUGUCGGCGCUUUAGGGGGCCCUGAAGGGAAAUGUGGAGACUUGAACCCGGCUUGUUUAAGGGUCCUAUACGGACACCAGGCCAGGGUUUUCUCGGUGCGUCUCUCCCCAGGGAAAGUGUUCAGUGCUGGUGAAGACGGGGCCUGUUUAGUCUGGGACUGGGCUGGAGGUGGAAAGGUGGUUCGGACGUUGAAAGGACACCGAGCGGGGGGCGUUCGUGCACUCGCAGUCAGUGAGGGAACGGAAGAUGAAGAGAGAUGGGUGGCUACAGGGGGGGCAGAUGGAGGGGUGAGGUUGUGGAGGGUGAAAGGGAGUGAGGAGAGGGAGGAGGGAAUGGAGGAUGCAGCGACAGAGAAGCUAACCGACCUGAAAUUCCCCGGCCACGGCUUGCCUAAAGUUGUUUGUAUGGCAGGGGAAGAGGAUGAAAGUGCAAGUUGGAGUCAGAGUAAGUUUGUUGUUUGCACUGACGAGGGAGGAGUUUACCAAUACAGCGACGGGCAGUGGGAGGCGGUAUGGCGAGGGACUCCUGACUUUCAAUCUUAUUGUGUGAUGGAAACAAUAACUGUCAGAGUGAAAGACUCAACAGCAAAAGUACAUUUGUGUGCUGUGGGAAACCUCAGCGGAUCAAUCCAGGUUUUCCCCCUCUCCCAUCCUCAGUGCGGGUUUCUUCUCACGGGUGGGUCAGGGAAGAUCCAUAGUCUUAUCUGGAAAGAGGCAAAAGGCAGCAUGUAUUUGCUAGCAUCAGGCUCUGAGGGACUUGUCCAUCGCUGGAGUAUAAAGGUAGAAUCGGGUGAAAGCUCUUCCUUGGCUCUCAGUGUAAAUCCCCUCCCUCCUUUCCUCCUUCCCCCCUGCGCCAAACGCUGGCUGACGGCCGCAGAGCUCCUCCACUCCACGUCACAGGGGCUGCUGUGGGUGUGUGGGGACAGGAGGGGGUCCCUGCUUCUGUUUCAGGAAGGAGGAACGCAGGAGCAAAAGAUGGGAGACGACAAAAGGAUGAAUGAAGCCUCGAAACAAAGAGACGAUGAAGGGGUUGAGGAAAACUGUACCGGUAGGGACGGAGAAAGUGGAAUGAAGGAGGAGGGAGGAAGAAAAGAAGUGGGUGACCUCAUGCUGCACCCACUGAGCUGCCUGUUCGGGGUGCAUGGGAAACAGGGUGUGACUUCAGUGUGUGAGUACCAGGGACUGCUCUACAGCACCGGCAGGGACGGCUGUGUGAGGGUCUUCAGAGUGCAUCAAGUAAAGCCUGAAGAAAAGAGUGGAGGAAAGGCUGCAGAGAACAAAGGGGGGCUUCAGCUGCAGGUGCUCAGAGUCCAGCGGGCCUGCAAGGGUAUGGAGUGGCUGGAGAGGGUUUUGAUCCUCGAAUCUGACAUUCCAUCAGAGGAGGAGGAGGAGGGCGAGGAAGAGCUCGGAGAGGAAUGUGAGUACCACUACAAGACAAAGAAACAGAGUUUGACAGGAAAGCUGGAGGUUACAGAGGAGAGAGAGGAGAAGGGGAGCUUUAGAGGAGAAGAAGAAAAAACAGAGAACAAGGGAAGAGAAGCCAGGUUUGCCAUUAUUGGCUUCCAUGCCGUCCACUUUGUGGUUUGGGACCCGGUGAGGCAGGAGAGGCUGUUAGCGGUGCCUUGUGGUGGGGGACAUCGCUCCUGGCGUCUCUGGCCGUCCCACAGAGGAGUUUGGCCCGGAUAUGGAGCUCUGGUCUUCAUCAAGCAGGGGGCCGUCAUGGCUUCCCAACCCCGAGAGGAAGCGGGCUGGGGUGGGAAGGUAGGAAGGACUGGAGGGUGGGGCCUGAGAGAGGGCGUCCAUGGGAGGGGCAUCGGGUGUGUCUGCAGGCUGGGGACAAUAAGGGGAACAAGCUGUACUGGAGAUUUGACAAAAGCUGAGGGAGGAGAUGACGUUAAGGAGGUGGAGAGAGAGGAAGAGCAGUGGGAGAUAGUGGUGACAGGAGGAGAGGACACUAGCUUAUCCGUCCUGGCGAUACGUCCCAACUCUGGCAGCAUCAAAGUUCUCUCAGUCAUCACCGACCACAUCUCGAGCAUUCGCACGGUGACAGCGGUAACAGAGAGGGAGGGAGAGAAACAGACUCGGUCUCUCUCCGCCCUGCUGGUGUCGGCCGGUGGGCGAGCUCAGAUGCAGUGUUACCGGCUGUUGGUUGGCUGGGACCAGCAGAGACGGGCUCCCUCCUGCCAGGUGAUCCAGGUGGCCAGUCACCGAUUGGACGAACAGUGGGAGAGGAGGAGGAAUCGUCACAAGACGGUGAAAAUGGACCCGGAAACAAGGUACAUGUGUGUGGUGGUGGUGGAUGAGAAGACAGACGCUUGUCUUCUGGCUGUGGCCUGCAGCGACGGAGCUCUCAGGUUGUUCUCAGUCAGUGAAGUUAAACAUCAGAUUGAUUUGUUGUGGGAGUCGUUCCACCACCAGCGCUGUGUUCUCAGUGUCGCCGCCUGCAGCCUGGAGGACAGAGAAGGCAACAGGUAUAAGCUGCUGUUCAGCGCUGCAACAGAUGGCAAAAUUGCAGUGUGGGAUUUAACUGAUGCUUCUUCAUCAUCGACCGGUACUUCGGGCAACAGUCCAACUCCACCAAUCCCCUGCCUCGACAUUCACGCCCACCAGAGCGGCGUCAACUCAUUGGCUGUUAGGGCAGAGGAACUUGGACAUCAAGAGGGCGGUUGCCUGGUAACAGUUGCUAGCGGAGGGGAUGAUGGGCAGCUGAUAGUGUCGAUAAUUAGGGUGCAGUACCCAGGGGACGGAAAGAUUGGGGGCAGAGGAGGGCUUUCUCAGAUGUGUGAGCCCCUGAUUUCUCUGAAAACCCAGUUACAAUCCCCAAACCAGCUUCAUCUUCAUCUCUACUCCCAGUCCCACAUCCCGCUGGCUCACGCCGCCCCUCUGACCGCCCUGAAGCUCCUGGGUCCAGACCAUGUGGUCUCCACCUCUUCAGAUCAGAGGGUUUGCCUUUGGAGGGUCGGCAGUACCGCCAUCAGCCACAUCGGGGCGCUGUUCUGCCAUGUUGCAGAUGCUGCAGGACUCGCAGUGUGGGAGGGGGAGAUGAUAGAGGAGGAGGAGGAGGAGGAGGAGGGAGAUAAAAAUAAGAAAACAAGGUUUGAGUCUGAGCAGGAGAUUGCAAUUUGGAGAGGGAGUCAGACAGGAUUAAAAGCGAUGUGUCAGACAGCGGCACAGUUCAAUGAGGACAAGAAAACAGCUGAUGAGGCCGAGGACGGAGAACCUGUUGAAGCUGUGAGCGAGACAGGUGACCCAGAUUGUCAAACCAGUAAUGAGAAGGGAGAUGAGACAGCUGGUGAAUGUAGAAAUCAAACAGAGAGUAAGCUAAACACUGAGACAGGUUUGAAGGCUUCCUGUGAGAAAAGGAAAGGGAAGACUGGAUGGGUGCUGGUCUGCGGCCAGGGCUUCCAGCUACUACGAGUCCAAAACACAGAGAUGGAUGCAGAGAUGUGGACCACAAGAAGAGAACAGAUGGAGGUGACACACAGAGUUAAAGUGACUUCAUGAGAAAAGUCAACAUGAGUGGAAUUAAAAGAUAGCAGUGGUCCAAACAAUGACUUUCUCAAUGGACAAUUUUGUGUAAUUUUUCAAUGUGUAAUAUUCCUUGAUUGCAGAUACAUUAAUUGAUAUCCAAUUUCCAAAUAACAUUUUAAAUAAAGGUUA